GGUGCGUGGAGUACGCUCGCCCACCGUACCCCCGCACUUACCUUGGGAAAGCGCGGUUGCAGCUCCAUGAUAUGCCACCAAGAAGUACACAAGCGCUACGCGGACGAAACAUCUAUCCGUCUGUACGGAUCAACCAAGAUUUCUGUGCUGUGCGAUACUUGCGCCACGACGGCGCCGGGCGUUUGCGGUACCUCCGAAGAUCUCAGUUGAUACGCUUGGUGUCGGUGUAAGCUUGGCACGCAUACGAAUGCGCUCGCUUUACUACAGAGCUCAUCCCAGUACCAUCUCGGACGACAUUGUCGGCUACAGGCCUCGUGUCCUGCGGAUAGAGUUUGUUGCAAAAUGGGAUAGUACAUUGACUCCGGGUCUUCUUGUGUUCGUCCCGUGUGCACCAAGCAUCCUGUCCGAGUCAAAGUGGUUUGUCAAUGUGAUGGACGGCGUAACUCACGUCAACAUACAAUGGAUACCUCCAAAUUAUGACCGACGACAUAUGACGGGCUUCGAUCACGCAGCCCAGGAGACGCAUCUACAGGACAUGGCAACGGAAGAUUUCGCAGCUACCGGACGAAUGGGUGAGCUAGAUCCCCGGAGAGACAAAUACAAGUGUGUACGGUACCGUGUGUUGCUGUUCCAAUAUCAUGCCUACAAGCAAUCCACUGUAUUCGUACUAAGACGUCGAAUCCCAUUGCAUUCCAGUAGAGCGUGCAGACGCUGCGGGCAAAGGGUAGCAUACGGUUGCGGUCCCGGUCGGCGAAUACCGCCGUACAUGUCACUGAUUCUCAGGACUGACGACUUACUAAGAUUGACGGAUGGUCAAUUGACACUGAGCGUAUCACCGCUCGUAAAGCGAAGAUGAGAAGAGUGUCAUAUGGCACAGACUCGCGAAGCCGAACGGAGAGAACUUACAGCAUCUGGAU